GAAGAUGGCUGACAUCUUAACCAAAAUGGAGCUAUGUCCCUACUGUAUGAAACAAUUUAAACGAUUAAAGUCUCAUUUGCCUUACUGUAAGAAGAUAAGGCCUAUUCUUUCUGAUUCAAACAUUACUUCCAAGGCAGCAGUCCUCCAAGCCCCCAAAAUAAAGGAGCUAUGGAAAAAAUCAGCCAAAGCUAAUGCUGAUGGUGAAGAGGCAUGUAAAGAAAGUCAAAGGAAGAGAAGAAACACAAACCUCAUAAAAGAUAAACCACAUAUUGCUGCCUUCAAAAUGGGAACCAAUGUGCAGACAAGUAAAGACAUGAAGAAGGAAAUUAAACAUACACCCCAGAUAACACAGACUCCUCCUAGACCAGGGAAGGUUUUUUUUCCGGAUAAGAAUGGGCUUCAGCUUUCUGCAACAAAAAAAUUUACAAAAUAUUUACCCAAAUCAAAGGAAGACAAGAGCAAAAGUCCUUCAGAAAAUUGGGAAAGCAGCUCUUCUGAAUGUUCUUCUAUUAAAGAAGAUAAAAGAUAUUCUUCAAGCUUCCACAAUUAUAUCAAAAUUGAGCAGCCAGGACAGAAAAUGCUGACAGAAACAUUAGAUUUGUCUUUCAGUAAUCAAAGUUUUCCUAGUCUUGAAAGAAGUCAAAAUCCUUCUACAACUUUACAAAACAAUGAGAGAGGCCCCAAAACUAGUGACCCCAUCUCAGAAACCUCAUCCAGUGUCAAUAAUUCUGAGACCCAGAGAAGAAACAUAGGACCACCCCUCACAGAUAACUUGUAUAAGGCACUCCAAAUUGGGGGAAUGGAGAACUAUCACAUCAAACGUGGAGCAAAGAAAAAGGAGUUUCACUGUGGGCUAGAUGCAACUAGAAAGGGGAGUUUGAAUAGAGGAUUCGAAGACUUUAAUAAAUCACCUAAGGCAGAAGUACUGAAAUUGGAUUAUGUGAGAGAUGGCCCUAGGAAGCAUGUGAAUAACAGUGACUUAGCUAUGGAGAAGAUACCUUACCAUGAUGAUGAUGAUGAUAUAGCUUUGUUGUCUUCAAGGGGGCCAACUAAUGAAAAGUUUCUUUCUUUGGCAGAAUUUGGUAACCAAAGUCUCUCUGCUUUGGUUUUAAGAUAUCUACAAGAAGAGGAAGAUGAGUACCAGGCUCAGUUCAUUCAAGACAAUCCACCGGAAAGUAAAAGAUCAAUUUCUUCAGAGUCUGAUUCUGAUCAACAACCUAUAAACCCAGACUGGCAUGAUGCUCCUAAAAACUUAACCAGUGGUCAUGGCAAAGCCUCUGGCAACAAGAGCCCACAUAGGUCCCUGGGCCUAGAGUGGUUUCCAGAACUUUAUCCUGGGUAUCUACAUUUGAAAGUAUUACCAAGGAAACCUAAGCAGAGGAAUACUAAUAUCCAGAAACCUCACCACAACUUCCCAGAAAUGGAAGGAUUCUUAAAUGUUCCACUUUUGGAAAAAAGUCUAUUGGAUAUAAAGAUUGGAAACCUUCCAUCCUGGCUUGCAAUGUCCAACUUCUCUUUAAUGGGGCUGCUGGGAACAGUUCAAAAAGCCUGGAUUAAAUACCAAAAAUAUAACAACUUGAAGAAGGGUAGCGUCGGUGGCAUCACAAUGCUCUUUGCUGGAUACUGUGUCCUUUGCUACAGCUGGAGUUUCAAGCACCUGAAGCUGCAGCAUUGGCGCAAGCAGUACUGA